AUGAUUGAAGAACCGAAGGUCCUCCGGAAGGACCAGCUCGAGGUCAGCUUGCACAAUGAGAAGAAGCUCAUCAAGGAGGGGGCAAUCAAAGAUGACAACCCCCUGGACCUGAGUGAGCCGUUCCGCGAGCUCUGCAAUGCCUGUCGUAAGGGGGAUCUCAAAGUUUGUCAAGAGAAGAUCACAGAAGGAGUCAAUAUUAACGCCCGUGAUCCCUAUGACUACACCCCCUUGAUUCUGGCGAGUCUCUGUGGUCAUUACGAAGUGGUGCAGCUGCUGCUCGAGUCUGGUGCUUUAUGUGAGCGUGACACAUUCCAGGGUGAGAGGUGUUUAUAUAAUGCAUUGAACGACCGUAUACGGAACCUGCUACUAGAGUACGAUUAUUCGAAAUCAACGGAUCCGCUCCAGCCUCUUGCAGCGCAUAUAACCUCACUGCUUACUCGUGAAAACCCGAGGACCGAGGACAUUGUUGUUACGGCGUCUGAUGAGUCCCUGUAUCUCCACAAGUUCAUUUUGGCUGCACGGUCGCCGUACUUCCGCAGCAAACUGGAACCUGCCCCGGAGACGUCAACAUGGCGGCUUCCCAACACAAUUCCUCCCGAGGCGUUUGGGACCGCAAUCAAAUAUUUGUACUUUGGAGAAGCCCCUCGCGAUCUGCGGAGCGGACCUGGCACUGGAUUUACUGAGUCAGAAGUGUUCGCGGGCAUCGAUAAAAUCGCCAAGCAUCUGGAAAUCAACACUCUCGUGGACAGUAUCCUUGACAGCGGGGAUAGGAGGCUCGCCAGACAAAGGCGCACGAUGGAAGUUGCCAAGGGCAGAGACCAAUUGGAGCAGUGGUUCCGAGCGAAUGUGCUCAAGCAUAAGGUGAUGGUGGAGACCUCGAAGGCCGAUGAAGUCAAGUGGGACAGGGACAAUGCAAUAUUCGCAGACGUUUUGCUUCAGGCGGACGAACUCCCGGAAGACGUCGAGGCUGAGCAGGCUGACGGGACCGAUUCUGGCGACCAGCGUGAACCGAUGUCAAUACUCUUCCCUUGCCAUCGAGCGAUGCUUCUGCGGUCGGAGUUCUUCCAAACCAUGUUUUCCUCCUCGUUCCGUGAAGCCCACAUGAAGGACCAUCUGAACGUUAUCAAUGUGGACUGUUCCCCGGACGUUCUGGAGAUCGUGCUCACCUUCCUUUAUACGGAGCGGGCCGAUUUCCCGCUCGACAUUGCGGUCGAUGUUCUCUUCGCGUCGGAUAUGCUGUUUAUCGAAAAGCUCAAGACGAAGGCGGCCAUUGUGAUCAGCACACUCGGCAGUGGCAACAUGUCGCAGGCGGAAGCUGCAAGGACCCGCGGCACCAAGGAAGAAGAUGACUUGGACAUUUACGCGAUCAUCCGGGCUGCAUGGUUGACACGCGUGCAACGACUGGAGGAGUUUGCUGCUCGAUACCUUGCAUAUCGGCUGGAGGCUCACAUCGACUCGUCGGAAUUUGCUGAGCUGAUCCAAGAGUCGGCGUCUCGGAUUAAAUCCAGACAGGAGACUGACUCGAUUGAGCUGCUGGAUGAUAUCCGGUUCUACCUGGGUGAGCGGUUCAGGCUGCGGUUUGACGAUGCCGGUAUCGAGGAAAUGAUGGAGGAUGCCACGCAGCCGGCUGCUGGUGUCGAGGCCAACAGCGAUGUUGACACGGUCACGGAGGGAGUGGAGACGAUGCAGCUUUCGACCGAAAGCUCUGUGCCGUCAGGGCAGGCAGCUUCGAAGGGACCGGAGCAGGCGGUCAUCCGAACCUUGGACGGCGAAAUCGUGGUUGACGAGUUUGACCAAGAUGCGCUGAACUACCAGAUCCUGAUGGACAAGCUGGACCGGAUUCUUGAGAACUUGAAUCUGGAUGCCUAG